AUGACCCACUCCACUGCCCACAAGAAUUCUAGCCAAAACUGUGCCAUUUCCACUGCUAUUGUCACAAGAGAUUUGGCUGCUCUUCGUAAGAUUGCAGUCUCGCCUGGCGGGUUUCGCUCUCGUAAAGCCAGGAUUCAAUCUUGGCAUGUUCUGUUGGGACUAGACCGUCCAGAUUCUUCUCUUGCUGCAAAUGACAGUGUGGAUGGCAGUCCUGCAAAAACCUGCAACAAGAAAAUAUUGCCACAUGUUCACCCGUCCUAUACUGAUACUAAAACAGAUCUGGUUAAUGCUGUCAGUUUGGAUACCCAGCGUCAGGUCGCUUUAGAUACUGCUCGCUCGUUUGUGCAGUUUACCACUACCACUAAACCUAUAAAACAGCAACCACUUGAUGAAUCUAUUCCUCGUUCCAGUUUAGAUUCGGCCAAUGAUGGCCAGGUUAUCGCACCAACACAAACUAAAUCAAUUUCUUAUUGGAGUCAGGCAACAGUCGAUCGCAAUCGUGCUGCCAUCAAAGAUGUAAUACUGCGGGUGUUGCAAGAAUAUCCAUGCUUAAACUAUUAUCAAGGGUAUCAUGAUAUUGCAUCUGUCAUUCACAUGCUUUAUAAAUCUCGUCCUCAAUCUUCCAAAGUUCUCUCCAGAAUGACUAUUCUGCAUUUGCUAGAUUUUAUGGAACCCACAAUGACUACUUCUACAACCUACACGUUUCUCAUUCAUCUUCUUCUCAAAAAAGUUGAUCAUGACCUCUAUAUUGCUCUCAAGCCAUGUGGGGAUGUUGGCACUACCAGACAGAGAUCAAAUAGUAGUUCGCAUAUUGUGGGAAUGUAUGCGUUGAGUUGGAUUAUUACUGCAUUCACUCACGAUCUGGAUAGAGUAGAUGCUGCAUUGCGUGUCAUGGACGGACUUGUAGCAUAUGGAACGUGCUUUUUAGUCUACAUUGCUGCUGCAUUUUUACAUUUUGGCAGGAAUGACAUUAUUGGAAAGUUUGGUUCUAACCAUCACCAUUACGACAUGCACCAAGCAGAUGAUGAUGAGGUGAUGCCUCGACUCCACACUUAUCUUACAUCUGGCGUCGUUAACUCGGAAAUGGUUGAUCAUGUAUUGGUCGAUGCAGGAAAAAUGCUAAAAGCCACGCCUAUAGCUGAUCUCAUUCACCAACACAAACAGUCCUCGUCUAUUGAAACACUCACGCAUCUUCAUGACGCAUGUGGAUUUCGGUUUGAUCAACACAUGCAGAUGUAUCUGACGGACAAGCAGCACAGCGAUCUUCAUUUGCAAGCUAUCUUUUGUGAUGUAUGUGCCAUAGAAGAAUUCAAGGCUAGAUGUAAACGUUUGGCAGUCAUGGCUCGUCGGAAAAAGCAAUGGAAUGCAACGCGAAGAUGGGUCAUGAGAAGGCGAUAUCCAAUUGGCAUGACUGUUGCAAGCAUCUUGGUUGUUGCUAUGGCAGUUGUUAUUCAGUACUGGAAACCAUCCAUUUUGCCUCGUUUGCAUCUGAGAUGGCUCUGGUAACAAUCCCUUUUGUGUAUAAAUAGCAAUCCUUUUGAUAAC